CGACCUGCGGAGGGGCAGCGCCGGGGACCUCCGGCACUCUCUCGGGGCCGCACCCGGCGAGCGGUCCGGAGCAGCAUGGCUCUGCACCUUCUUCUUCUUGUCCUUUUGCAGCCCGGGAGCCAGGCUAGGAUGAUUCCCUCGGAUCCGGAGCCGACCAGGGAAUCUCUUACAGUGCCAGUACCGACCAAUCUCACCUUUGAGGCCUAUAAUUUAAAUACACUGCUACAUUGGGAUUACCCAAGCAUGCAGGAGACUCCUGUUUUCAUUGUAAUGGUAAAGAGCUAUAUACAAGGAAACUGGGUUGAUGCCUGCAAUACUACCCAUCAUUACUGCAACAUUUCCUCCAAUAUCGAAGAUCCUUCAGUUUCUCUCUGGGCCAAAGUUAAAGCUUAUGUUGGACAAAAACAGUCUGCCUAUGCAGAAUCAAAAGAAUUUAUUUUGUGUCAACACGGAAAAUAUGGACCACCUACACUGAAUAUUUUGGAGAAAGAAGACCAAUUAAUUAUUGAUACAUAUCAUCCAUUAACAAUUGUCAAUGGAGCAGAGUAUGAUGAUGAUACUUGUCUUAUGUUUUUGUAUCAUAUUUAUAUAAGAAUAGAUGAAAAUGAGACCAUUCCUAUUACAUGUGAUCCAUUUGAGGAAGAUUAUGAGACUGUGUGCCGCUCCAGCAUUCCAUUGGGGACACUGAAUUCUAACUACUGUGUGUCGGCCCAAGGAGUCUCAAACCCGUGGGGCGUUAAAACUGAAAUGUCCCAAGACCAUUGUAUUAUGAUUUCCAAAGAUACCCAUAAUUCAUUAAACGAUUUUUUGAUUCCAGUCUUUGUCGCUUUCAUAUUCUUCCUGGUAGUCAGUGUGAUAUUUGCAUACUGUCACAUGAAGGAGAUUAUUCCAUUCAAGAGAAAAAGCAUCACGUUACCCAAGUCCUUGGUGUCUGUGGUAAAAAAUACCACAUCAGAGGAAAAGCCUGAAUCAAAAUACAUAUUUCCUGUCACCUGCCAGGUGAUCAUCCCAGAAAAUGAGAAGGUGCCCUCUGAGGAGCUGUUGCCUGCAGCAGCGGUGCCAGAAGACAGUCCUGAGAAAGCAGAGCACACAGAGCUUUGCCGUAAAUCUGAAGUAGUGACCACUGACACAGAUAUUUCUGACGUGACUCCAGAAAACUCUCUGAACCUCGUGAAAGAGAGUUCUCAGCUUUCCAGUAGUAACCAGUCCAACCCCUGCAGCUUUACCUUGAACACCUAUCAAUCCAGAAGUGGUUCUGAUAGUGGCCUGGUAGAAUCAGGAAGCUUUGUAUCUGACUCAGAAUUUCCUUCAGUCAACAAGACUGAAGUGAAGACAGAAAUACAAGAGCCCAUCCUGGUGCUGAACAAUACCACCUCCUUUGGUUAUGACAGACCGCACGUAUUAGUGGAUUUACUUGUGGAUGAAGGCGGUAAAGAGUCCCUGAUUGGUUAUAGACUUACAACAGAAUCCAAAGAGUUUUCAUAGCAUCAGCCAAAAUGUUCCAACGCUGAAGCAUUAGGAAAAGAUUAUUUCUUCAGAAAUUGAACCAAAUGGACUAUUAGCCUGUUUGACUUUGUCUCACAUGAACCCAUCCAUCUGAUUAUCAGUAACACUCUCCAGUUAGCAUACUUCUUCUUAAAGUGGUUUAUAUCCUGAUGUCCUUUCUGACUGUCCCAUGAGAAAUAAUGGAUUAUUUUCUGUGUUUCCGUGUAUUUGUUUCCAGAAAUUUUGUGUUAUCAACUGCUUUCAGAAGAAAUUCUGAGAACUUUUUAAAGUAGCAUUUAAUGUCUAAACCAGGAUGAGUUAUGAUAGGUAAAUAGAAUCAUCUGUAUAUAUUGUACAAAAUAUUACACUUUUUAAAUAAAACUUUUUAAAUGUUUUUUCAAAUUA